GUAACAACAACUCCCCGUGGUUCACCAUAUCGCUAUAUAACCAGCUAAGGACUGCUUUAAUAGAACAUUUACCAACGGGGUUUAGCUUCAGUACAAGAGAUUAUUUGUAUUUUCAAACAAUGUCAACUUAGCGACUCACCUGCAACGAAAGAAGUGACUUCUACCGUUAGCUAGAGAGCUAAAAACAGCUAGCAGGAAAAAGACAGCAUGUGAAGAGACAUCAAUAUCAAAAGGUGAACAGUAUUCAGUCCUAAAAUUAGACUCUUUGUCCUUCUGUAGUCGUUAAUAUUUGUGAGUGAACUUUGCCUUAUUGUUAGCCAACGACCUUAGCCCCACUUGACACAGCUCCGGACGGUCACCGGUAUGUUCCCGUUAGACUCGCCGUGGAACAUCUCGUUUGCGGGUUGUGGAUUCCUCGGCAUCUAUCACGUCGGUGUGGCCAGCUGUCUGCUGGAGCAGGCCCCUUUUUUGGUCCAAAAUGCCAGGCACAUAUACGGGGCAUCAGCUGGGGCCCUCACUGCCACUGCCCUGGUCAGUGGAGUAUGUCUCGGAGAGGCUGGUGCAAGUAUCAUCGACGUUGCCAAAGAGGCUAGAAAGCGAUUCCUGGGACCCAUGCAUCCUUCUUUUAAUCUGGUGAAGAUUGUGCGUCACAUGCUGCUGCGCACUUUGCCAGCUGAUUGCCACCAUCGGGCGAACGGACGGUUAGGAAUUUCUCUCACCCGAGUGACAGAUGGAGAAAAUGUCCUGGUAUCUCACUUCAACGACAAGGAGGAGCUGGUGCAGGCAUGUGUCUGCAGUGCCUACAUCCCAGUGUAUUGUGGCCUUAUUCCUCCGACACUGCAAGGAGUGCGAUAUGUCGACGGAGGAAUCUCAGACAACCUGCCUCAGUAUGAGCUGAAAAACACCAUCACUGUGUCCCCGUUCUCUGGGGAGAGCGACAUCUGCCCCCGAGACACCUCGACCAACAUACAUGAGCUGCGAUUCACCAACACAAGCAUCCAGUUCACUCUCACCAACCUCUACAGAGUCUCCAGAGCUCUUUUCCCUCCAGACCCAAUGAUUAUGAAGGCCAUGUGUAAACAGGGAUACAAAGAUGCUUUGCACUUUUUAAAGAGGAAUGGAUUGCUUAAUUUCAAUGGACCUCUCAGAGACAGACCCCUGCUAGCUAAUGGAGAAGAAAAGGAGGAUUACAAUGAUGAUGAUGAAGAGGAGGAGGAGGAUGAUGAUAAAAGUGAUGAAGAGGAAGAGAACCCACAGAAAGAAGAGAGAGCAGUGGUGAUUCAUUCCUCAGUAGAGGAGCAUAUCAUCGAACACCUUCCGCCUACCCUGCACAAAGCUUUAGUUGAGGCGUGCAUGGAGAGGAGGAGCCUGGUGCAGUCUCUAAGCAACCUGCUUCCUGUCAGGAUGGCCUCGGCCAUGAUGCUUCCCUACACUCUCCCUCUGGAGUCUGCUAUGUUCUUGACUCUCAGACUUCUGGAGUGGUUGCCAGAUGUGCAGGAAGAUGUGGGAUGGAUUCGGGAGCAGAUAUUAAAACUUGUGCAGCACGUUCUUCGCCAGGCCUCCAAAAGCAUUUCCCAGCAUGUAUCUGCCAGGUUUUCCUACCAGCUGGAGCUACACCACUACCAGUCCCUCCCAUACCAACUCAGCUCCACCAACCUGUUUCCCACCUGGGUGAAUGAGCGAAGUUCUUCAGUCCAGGAUGUCUUCAUGCGUCUCGACGAAUACAAGAGACAGCUGCUGUCUGGAGUGCUGUGUAUCAACAUGGACCUGCAAGGCUCCUUCGAAACUGGACAGAUGCCACCAAAUAAGAGCUCCUCAUCCAUCCUCUCCACAGAGGGCCUCACAAUGCACACAGGUUGUCUUAAUAUUCCACCUGCUGCCGACUCCGGCAGCGACAUCAGCAGCUCCUAAGAGCUUUUGACAGGUUUCUGCUGCAGGUGCUGCAGCUCUGAGAUUAAGACAUACUUAUUCUAGAUUCAGGAACAUUUCAAACUAAUUUAAAUCAGAUUUUAAUAUCUGUUUACACCCUGAUGUUUAGAUACUCUUAAGAUACCAAGAAGGUAUUUGUAAUAUAAUCAACCCUUUUGUACAGUGGGUGGAAAUGGUAGUAAUCUACCAUAUUUACACUUACUGUGUAUUCAGUAUCUUUUGACUAAUGCAUCACAUUGAAAUAUGUCUUUUAUCUACAGUCUAAUCAGGCAAGCCUUUAGACACAGUAUGUCUGCAGGCCUACAGAAGUGCAUUUAAACUUAGCACAUGCACCUAAACAGUCAUGUACAAACUUGAGUUAUAGGAUGUUACAAACAAAAAUGCGCACUUGAAGUAGCAUGGUUAAAAUAGGAGAGUGUUCUUGUUUUAAGUGGAAUGCAGUCAGACCAGUAGUUAAACAGAGUGGUUCUGCUGUGUGCAUGAAACUCUUAAGUCACUUCUGCCACACAGACAGUGAAGGACUGAAGGAGGGGGGAUCUGUUUCCUACAGGUAGUUACUCCAUUUAUUAUAUGCAAAUGUCAAUGCAUUAUUUUGAAAAAAAUACACUGUCUUUAUGUUUUAAGGUUUUCUUUGAAUGUCAUUGUCUUAUGUCUUUACAGUUAUUUAUAUGAGAAAUAUAAAACUGCUUUGCUCUGUUUUCCCAGUGAUAGAAACUUGUUUCUAUCAUUUGCAUGUAAGUUACAACUCUUUUAGGUUUAAAUUGAAAUCUAUAUAUUAUUGUAUUUCUGCUUUAAAAUCUUCUGAACAAUGAUUUUUAUGUUAUUUGUGAUUAAUCAAAGAACCAGUUUGAUCUGAAUUGCACUUUCUCAUUUGAUGCCGCUGUACGACAUCAGAUUAAGUUCUUAGGUAAUGACCUACCUGUUUAAAUAUUUAUCUUGUACUGUGUACUACAAGAACUUCUAACUGUAUGAUCAAGCCCCAACCUGUGCCUUUAACUUCAAAGAAACAAUUGCCAAGUGAAUUUAACAUAUUGUCAGAAUGUUGCAGGGAAAAAUAUUUAUGUGAUUAUUAAAUAAACUGGUAUUGUUUAAC